AUGGUCAAACUCGAAUCUCUUGUCGCCCUCCUCGCAGGCACGGCCUUGAGCUUGCCGACAGCUGCCGACGACACGCCGAAGACGCUGCAGACGGGAGCGCUCUGGAUCCGGGCGGUGGCGGCGCCCAACUACCACAAAUACCUGCAGACGAAGCCGGCCAACGUGCCCGGGACCGCGAUUCUCGACUCGUACACGACGGCCGGCCAGUUCAACAUCGAGGGGGGGCAGCUGUUGAACAAGGUUUCGAGCCCGCCGCUAUAUAUGUGGGUGCAGGAACCCGCGGACAAGGCCAGCCCGCCAAGGACGCUGGCCACUUGGUUCAACUCGACGAAGAACACAUUCGGCACCUUUGCUUUCCAGGGCGACGCCGUCACCUGGUCGGCGCCGGGCCUCCAGCGGCAGAACCUCGCCGCGUGGCUCGUGUGCGCGAAGCAGGCCCUGUUCAUCAACACGGGCGCCUACUCGUACCAGACCCCGUCGGGAUGUUCGGACCAAACGGUACAUUACUACAACGACAAGACAGCAAAUAACUAG